AUGCUUCUUCAAGAAGGAUGUAAAAUCCAAACGAAGAGAUUCAGCAUCAGGGCAAGCAAUACUAAAGAAGGUCGGACACCGCUAUCUUUAGCCGCUGGAAAUGGCUAUGAAGCAGUUGUUAAGCUAUUGCUUACAGUAGAGGGGGUUGAUAUAAACUCAAGCGAUGAUAGGGGUCGGACACCAUUAUCAUUUGCCUCUGGAAAUGGGUAUGAAGCAGCUGUCAAGCUGUUGCUUGAAACAGAGGGCGUGCAUGCAGAUGUGAAAGAUAGAAACGGACGGACACCACUAUCUUAUGCGGCUGGAAAUGGCCAUGAAGCAGUUGUUAAGCUGUUGCUUGCUGCAGAGGGCGUGUACGCAGACGCAAAAGAUAUAAGGGAUCAGAAGACCCCAUUAUCAUUUGCGGCUAGAAAUGGCCAUGAAGCAGUUGUCAAGCUGUUGCUUGCAGCAGAGGGUGUAUAUGCAGACGCGAAAGAUGGCAACGGACAGACACCACUAUUUUGGGCCGCUGCACAUGGGCAUAAAGGAAUUGCCAAGCUGUUGCUUGCAGCAGAGGGUGUGGACGCAGACGCGAAAGAUAGAAACGGACGGACACCACUAUCUUAUGCGGCUGGAAAUGGGCAUGAAGAAGUUGUCAAGCUGUUGCUUGCAACAGAGGGUGUGGACGCAGACGCAGAAAAUGCAUAUGGUUGGACACCGCUAUUUCAUGCAGCUAGAAAUGGGAAUGAAGCAAUUGUCAAGCUGUUGCUUAAAACAGAGGGCGUGAAUGCACAUGCAAAAGAUUGGCAGGGACGGACUCCACGAGGUAUUGCAGCUGGAAAUGGUAAUGAAGCAAUUGUUAAGCUUUUGCGUGCAGUAAAGAGGGGUUAA